CGGCGUGGGGGCGGUGCCUCACGUCUGGUACAGUCAUCCCAAGCCCCUUCGGCGGGACUGUAAUGGCCGGAGAGAUGACGAUCUUAGGAUCAGCUGUUUUGACUCUCCUAUUGGCUGGCUAUUUGGCACAACAGUAUUUACCAUUGCCUACUCCAAAAGUGAUUGGCAUUGACCUGGGCACCACCUAUUGUUCUGUUGGGGUGUUUUUUCCUGGCACAGGAAAAGUAAAGGUGAUUCCAGAUGAAAAUGGGCAUAUCAGCAUACCUAGCAUGGUGUCUUUUACUGACAGUGAUGUAUAUGUGGGAUAUGAAAGCUUAGAGUUGGCAGAUUCAAAUCCUCAAAACACAAUCUAUGAUGCCAAAAGAUUCAUAGGCAAGAUUUUCACUCCAGAAGAGCUUGAAGCUGAAAUUGGCAGAUACCCAUUUAAGGUUUUAAACAAAAAUGGAUUGGUUGAGUUUUCUGUGACAAGUAAUGAGACCAUCACCGUUUCCCCAGAAUAUGUUGGCUCUCGACUAUUGUUAAAAUUAAAAGAAAUGGCAGAAGAAUAUCUUGGAAUGCCAGUUGCUAAUGCUGUCAUUUCUGUACCAGCAGAAUUUGACCUAAAACAAAGAAAUUCAACAAUUGAAGCAGCCAACCUUGCAGGACUGAAGAUCCUGCGAGUAAUAAAUGAACCUACAGCAGCAGCAAUGGCCUAUGGUCUCCACAAGGCUGAUGUCUUCCAUGUCUUGGUUAUCGACUUGGGCGGAGGAACUCUAGAUGUGUCAUUACUGAAUAAACAAGGAGGGAUGUUUCUAACCCGAGCAAUGUCUGGAAACAAUAAACUUGGAGGACAGGACUUCAAUCAGCGGUUGCUUCAGUACUUGUAUAAACUGGUGUACCAAACAUAUGGCUUUCUCCCAUCUAGGAAAGAGGAAAUCCACAGAUUAAGGCAAGCUGUAGAAAUGGUCAAAUUAAAUCUGACUCUGCAUCAGUCUGCCCAGAUAUCUGUAUUGCUAACAGUGGAGGAAAAGGAUGGAAAGGAAGCUCAGAGUAAUGACACUGAACUGCCAAAGGACAAACUUAACCCAGUAGAUGGUCAUGCAAACAGAGAGUUUGGACCCGGCCUUUUGGAAAAGAAAAGUGGGAAAAGUCAGGUUUUAUUUGAAACAGAAAUAUCUCGGAAGCUCUUUGAUAGCCUUAAUGAAGAUCUCUUCCAGAAAAUACUUGUGCCCAUUCAGCAAGUAUUAAAAGAAGGCCACCUGGACAAGACUGAGAUUGAUGAGGUCGUUUUAGUUGGGGGCUCUACUCGUAUUCCUCGAAUCCGCCAAGUCAUUCAAGAGUUCUUUGGAAAGGAUCCCAACACAUCUGUAGACCCUGACCUGGCAGUGGUGACAGGCGUGGCCAUCCAAGCAGGGAUUGAUGGAGGCUCAUGGCCUCUCCAAGUCAGUGCUUUAGAAAUUCCCAAUAAGCAUUUACAAAAAACCAACUUCAAUUGAAUUCUGGAGUAAUGAUGUGUGAUCAAAUACAAAUACAUGAUCUUAUCUGGUGAGCUCUUCCCCUUUAUCAGAGCACCUCCUCCAAAAAAAGAGAAUUACUAUCUAAAAUAUGUCACAGAUUUACCUAGAAGGCAAUAUUUAGAUAAAAUAAAAUUUUACAUAGCAUAUAUAUAUAUUUUUUUUUUUUUUUUGGAGAGGUCUCAUUCCAGUACAUACUCUUAUUAGAGGAGCAUAGGUGGCUAUAUUUUCUGAAUUCUGGAAAUAGAUAACCAUAUGCACUUAACAUUGUAUUCUGUAAACAUUAAAUAGUGCCAAUUAUAAGAUUUCCCAGUUCUUACUAAAUUGUGUUAAUAGGAGCUGGUAAUUUCUUUACUUGGUCAUCACAUCUAACUAUAAAUUUGAAUAUACUUGAAUGACAGUGUUGAUGUCAGGUAUUUUCAUUGGAAGGUACCAGUAUUAUUAAGCUGCAUAUAUAUUCAAUAACGGCCAUAUACAAAUUUACUUUUACAAAUUCAAUGUCCAGUUGUGUGUCAUAUGCACAUAUUCUGCUUUUUCCAGAUUAUCUUAAUGUAUUUCAUGAAUCAGUUUUGCUUUCUAAAAUAAGUACAGAUUUAUUCAAAUUUUUCUGUAUCAGCUAGUAGAAAUACCCAAUUUUUAUUGUAGGUCCUUCAUCUACUGUGCAUCAUUCUCUGCUUGGAUUUCCAUGAUUCUGCUUGGCUAGAAUACAGUAGGGAAUUAUUAGUUGCAUUCUUAAAAUGUGUUAUUGUCACAAUAAAGUCAUUGCUAUUUCAUUUUUGUAAACCAGGAUGUGCAGAUAUUAGUAAAUAGCAUUAAUUACC